AAAGACACCACGGACGCACCGUCCGAUUUGUCACGAUUUUCACGAUCAGUCGGACGACGAUCGUCGUGCGAAACACUCGCACCAUUUCGACCGAGUGUCGGUGAGUGCUACAUCGUGUACAAUCGAUCAUCAGAGUAGCCAGUGACACCACCGAGUGACAAUUUGUGUCCGUGGACGCCAUAUUGGAAAAAAACUGACACUCCAAAAAUGUGGCGUUCCCAACUGUUCGCCCUGAUCGGGGCUCUACUGGCUGCCUGUGCUGUGGAAAGUAAACGGGAAAUUCCGAUCGGAGCCAUUUUCCGUGAAAGCCAGGAUGAGGCCGUGAUCGCAUUCCGGUACGCGAUCGAACGCGUGAACAUGCACGAAAAACACUUCGAGCUGGUUCCGCUGAUUCAGUUUGUAUCCAACAUGGAGGAUAGCUUCAAGAUAGAACGAAAAACGUGCGAACUAGCGGCGAAAGGUGUGACGGCCAUCUUCGGGCCAAGUUCGAUGCGAAGUUCGGGCAUCGUCAGCUCGAUAUGUCGAACCAUUGAAAUUCCGCACAUCAUAACACACUGGGACCCGGAACCGCUCGGUGGCAUAGAUCUGGAACUGCAGGCGAUGACACUGAAUCUGUACCCGGAGGCGGAUGUACUGUCGCAGGCAUUGCGCGAUUUGAUUGUAGACUACAGCUGGAAGAGUUUCACAAUCAUUUACGAUAGCGACGAAGGUCUGAUGCGGUUGAAGGACGUGCUUCAGAUUCACGAACCGUCGGACAGUCCGAUCACGGUACGGCAGAUCGAUGACGAUCCCGAUUAUCGGCCACUGUUGAAGGACAUUCAAUCGUCAGGCGAGAGUCACAUUAUUCUCGAGGUUCAUCCGAACAAAAUACUGGAGAUUCUUCGGCAGGCUAAGGAAGUGAAAAUGUUGGAAGAAUAUCAAAGCUACAUCAUCACUUCGAUCGAUGCACACACGUUGGAUUUCGAUGAGUUCCGGUACUUUCGAUCCAACAUCACCGCCAUACGGUUGAUGGAUACGAAGAGUUUCGAAAUAAAAAAUGCUGUUCACGAUUGGGAACAGGGAGAAGCCAGGAUAAAAAAUUUGUUUCGAGUAUCGCCGGAACACGUCCAAACGGAAUCGGCUUUGUACAACGACGCAGUCAAAAUUUACGCUACGGCUAUUCGAGAACUCGACGCUACCGAAGAGAUCACCCCAUCCCGACUGUCCUGUGGUAGUAAAAAUUUACGGCAGUGGCCGUUUGGGUUGAGAAUCGUGAACUAUAUGAAAGUGAAAACCGAACAUGGCAUCACUGGACCUAUCAUAUUCGACGAUAACGGUCGUCGAACGUACUUCCAGCUGGACAUCAUUGAGCUGAGUCAGCACGAGGGUUUCAAGAAGAUCGCCACUUGGGACCCGCGCAAUGGCGUCAACUAUACCCGCAGCCAGGAGGAUGUUCACCUGCAGAUCGUUGAAUCGCUGCAGAAUAAAACAUUUGUCGUGGCUUCACGGAUUGGCGCACCGUUUCUGAUGAUGAAGGAAAAACAGGAAGGCGAAAUUUUCGAGGGAAACAAUCAGUUCGAAGGAUAUUCGAUCGAUUUGAUUGAAGGAAUUGCGCAGAUUUUAGGAUUCCAGUACCGAAUGGUACUCGUCCCGGAUGGCAAGUACGGAUCUUACAACAAAGUAACCAAAAAGUGGGAUGGAUUGGUGAAGUACUUGCUGGAUCGGAAAGCGGAUUUAGCCAUUUGUGAUUUGACGAUCACUUAUGAACGGAGGACAGCCGUCGAUUUUACGAUGCCUUUUAUGACACUUGGAAUCAGCAUACUGUACGCUAAACCCGUUCCUCAACCGAAGGAUUUGUUCUCUUUCCUGUCACCACUCUCGCUGGAUGUGUGGAUCUACAUGGCGACCGCCUAUCUGGGAGUAUCGGUUCUUCUGUUCGUCCUAUCCCGUAUGGCUCCAGCUGAUUGGGAAAAUCCACAUCCCUGUAAGCAGGAUGACGUCGAAGAGGUGGAAAACAUCUGGGAUAUGUUGAAUGCUCUGUGGCUAACCAUGGGAUCCAUUAUGGGUCAAGGUUGUGACAUACUUCCGAAAGCUGUCUCAACUCGAGUGGUCACCGGAAUGUGGUGGUUCUUUGCACUGAUUAUGCUUUCCUCUUACACGGCCAAUUUGGCGGCAUUCUUGACGAUGGAACGAAUGGAUGCCACAAUCGAGAGCGCAGAAGAUCUGGCCAAGCAAAGCAAGAUCAAGUAUGGAGCGGUACUUGGCGGUAGUACACUGAGUUUCUUCCGCAGUUCAAACUUCAGUACCUAUCAACGGAUGUGGGCAGCGAUGGAGUCGGCCCGUCCGUCGGUAUUUACCAAAAGUAAUGACGAAGGUCGUGAUCGAGUGAUGAAGGGACGAGGUUUGUAUGCAUUUUUAAUGGAGUCCACUUCGUUGGAGUACAUCACCGAACGGUACUGCGAAUUAACUCGAAUCGGUGGACUGCUGGACUCGAAGGGAUACGGAAUCGCUAUGCCAGUCAAUUCUCCCUAUCGAACGGCUAUCUCUGGUGCAGUGCUUAAAAUGCAAGAGGAAGGUAAGCUUUCUCAACUGAAAGAUAAAUGGUGGAGAAAAAUGCACGGUGGAGGACGCUGCCAAGGUCCGGGAACAAAGACGUCUGCGGACAGUGCUGCUGAACUGGGAAUCGAUAACGUCGGUGGUGUCUUCGUAGUCCUGGCGUUCGGUUGUUUCUGUGCCUUCAUAAUCGGUCUGCUGGAAUUCUUGUGGAACGUACGCAAGGUGGCAGUAGACGAAAAGGUAACACCAUGGGAAGCACUGAAGGCGGAACUAAAGUUUGCCCUGAAUCUCUCAAUAACUAGCAAACCGGUACACAGCACGGUCAGCGAAUCAUCGUCCGGCAAGAGUUUAACACGUUCCAAAUCGGAAUCGAGAAGGGAUUCAGGAUCAGCCGGCCGGAUCAACAACAUUCGAAACGGAACCAGCUUUCCAAAUGUGGACAAAAUUGGAUUCACUUACUCUGGCAAAUGAUUGGGCGAUGCAAUGUUCCACAUAAUGAUGUUGUUAAACUAUUACAUUUUCGAUUACUUCUGUCAAGUCUACAGCGAGUUCAUGCGAUUUGGUUAACAAAUUAGACGUAAAUUUCAAUUGUAUAGAUGGUCAGUGCUGGAUUAAAUAUUAGUUUGUUCGUGAAAAUAGUUGGAUGGAAUAUAAAUAUAUUACUCUAAA